GGUGUCUUGUUCUUAGCGCCAAUCGGCCGGGAGGUCUGGGCGCGUGCGUACUUCGGGUCUUUCUGUCUCUCUACCUGCGGUUGGGAGACGGUGUGCCUGGCCGGAGGCUGCCGCGCGUUUGGAUUGUUUCGCUGCCCCACAAUUCCCCGCUUUUGUGGCGCGCGCAGGUGACUGUUCUGAGGCGCAAAAAAAGCGGGCUUGAGAGAGAGGGAGAGAGGAUCGGGGGUUGCUGCGAGAGGCCCCGCCGGGACGGUGCUAUGGCGGCCGCGCUGCUCGCCCGGGUUUUAGCCACGGUGUCCGGGCCGCGUUACAUUCUCAGAUGUAAUAACAACUGCUUGGUGGAGAAGUGGUUUUCGAAAUAUAUUAGUUCAGAUAACCGUCCAAAACUGCCUCUGUCGGCCUACAUACGCUUUUGUAAAGACCAGCAUCCAAUCUGUAGGAAACAGAAUCCAAAUACAAGUGUUUUGGAAAUAACAAAAAAGAUAGCACAUGCUUGGAGGGAGCUACCAGCAUCUGAGAAACAACCUUAUGAAGCAGCUGCAAAGAUUGAAAUGCAGACCUACAAAGAACAAAUGGCCAAAUACAAAGCCCAGUUAACCCCUGCCCAGGAGGAAGCUUUGAAAGAAGAAAAGAGAAGGAAAGUUGCAAAAAGAAGAGCAACAAGGAAAAAAAGACAAUUAACAGUGCUUGGAAAACCUAAAAGACCUCGCAGUGCCUUCAAUAUUUUUAUGUCUGAACAUUUCCAAGAAGCUAAAGGAGUCUCAUCUCAGGGAAAGAUGAAAAAUCUAUUUGAAGAAUGGCAAAAAUUGGCCAGUUUUCAAAAGCAGACAUAUCAUCAGCUUGCUGAAGAUGAUAAGAUCCGGUAUGAAAAUGAAAUGAAGUCGUGGGAGGAGCACAUGGCAGAAAUUGGCCGUGGAGAUCUUAUACGUCAUAAAAACAGAAGGAAAAUCUCAAAAGAAAAGAACACUGUAAAAGAGGCAACUUCAAAAAAACAGUCUACAACUUCAAAAAAUCGGUUGGGGAGCAAAAGGGCCUCCUCAGCAUCCAGUGUAAAGAAAUCUGAAGAAUAAAAUAUUAGGUAAAUUAUAUUUUGUCAUUCCUGAGUGCAGUCAUGAAUGCAUUCAGAAAUUAUGCAUGGCUGAGAAGGAGCUGAGAUAAGAUUGUAUGCUUGAAAAAGAAAGGAUGAUGAGGUUUUAAAUUUCUGGAAACUGUCCAUUAGGAUAAAUCAAGCUGUGAGAAUUAAAGCAGUGACUGAUCAUGAGACGAGAUGCUUGUUUAAAUGUGUAAAUAAGCAUUCUCUUACAAAUUAAAACUGCUAUGUAUAAAAUCACCAUCAUUUUACUUAUUAGGAAGUACUUUGAUUGUGGGCUUCAGAUAUUCAGCUUGUAAAUAAUGUGCAGUCACUGAAGAAAGCAUGUAUAUUUGCUAAUUUCAGCCUUGUAAUUAACAACUACUCAACACAAAUUUUUGAAUUGUUUUUCAUCUACUUUUUUGUAUGUCUCUACCAGCAAUGUAUAUUUAUAUUGCAUAAUACAAAUAAAAAUGUCAUGGCUUAUACAAAA